UUGUGCAACGGCCGUUAAAGUGGUGUCAAGUUGCAUUAAUUCUACAGUGUAGAUCAGUGGUUCUCAACCUGUGGGCCGUCUUUUUUUUUUACAACAGGUACAAACCUUGGAGAGUCUGGUAGACUCCAGAUACAACCGGUCCCUUCGUGAGAUGAGUCCUGAAGACCCCAAAGAUUUUUUCCUCCAGUUAGUCAAUGGAGACUUCCUCAUCCGCGUCAUGGAGGUCAUAGAUCUCAUUCCUGGAGGAGCACGGACUUCGUGGAGCGACGAAAGCGAAGAAGUGCAUCGGUUGCAAACUCUCCAGACGGUCCUGCAACGCCUGCAAAGCUUCUACUUGAAUGAUCUGCAACAACUUAUUAUUUUCUUGCCACCCAACGUUCAUCUCCUGGCUCAAGAACCCCUCACAGCCCAGGCUGUUGGUGAGAUGAAGAAGCUCUUGCUGCUCUUGCUGGGGAGCGCCGUUCAGUGUGAGCGACGGGAAGAAAUCAUUGGACGCAUCCAGACACUGGACAUUGGCACCCAGGCUGCCUUGGCAUCUGCCAUCCAGGAGGUGACCCAGAAACCCAAGAACGUGCUGAAGUUGCACUGGAAGCAACUGGGGCAAGAAGAGAGGGAAGAGCUCCUGCAGGACGUGGUGUCCCAAAUCCCAAACGUGGUGCAACAACGAGAUGCAGCUUUGGAGAAACUAUGGGAUCUGCAGCAGGAAAAGGAAACCCCAGUUUCUCCGACAAAUAACAACUGCCAGCAUUUUGGGGUGCAGUUGGCCGAAACUCGGGCCCAAGUCCGGCGUCUGCAGCAUCAGCUAGAAGAGAAGAUGGAAGAGCAGCUCGAUCUGCAGGAUGAACUGAAGGAUUUGGAGGGACGGCUUCAACAGAUGCGCGAAGAGAAUCGAAGGCUGACCAGCGAGGCCCGCCUGACCGUUUUGUACCGGGAUGAACUGGAUGCCGUGCGGGAGAAAGUAGUGCGGACAGAACGGCUUCAGGCGGAGCUGGCAGCCCUGAGAGGGAGGAUGCCUGUACUGGAGCAAUACCAAGCCCAGCUGAAGGAAGAACGGGAAUUUUCCCAGGCGCUGCUGGACACCAAGGCCAUGCUGGAGGAGCAACUGGAGGCAGCUUGUGCCCGAGGCCGGCAGCUGAAACAUCUGGAAGCGGAGAAGAAACACCUGCAAAGCAGCCUGAAUCAGAUGCAAGAGGAACGAGACCAGUUCUCCCUCCAGAGAGAAGCGCUUUUGAGGGAAAACCUGGCUCUUGAGAGGCAGCUGGAGCAAAGUUCGAAAGAGCCCCUCGAUGCCCUCCGCUCCGAAGAAGUCGACCACGACUGCCUUCCAAAGGAACCAUCCGACGUUUCCAUUGUGUUGGGCUACGAAAUGAAGGAGUCGGGUCGGUUGCUGGCCCUGGAGCGAGAGAACCAGAAAUUGCGCCGGAGGCUGCAGGAGAUGUCGGAGAGAACGGCGGGAUCAGAGAGCCUGGACCCGGAGUCAGAGAACAUUAUCCUUCAUGAAGAGCUACGAUCGCCAGCGAACCCGUUGGAACCAAAGACGGGGGAGCAACCUUUAUUAGAGUCCCAAGAGGAGCAGAAACAGGAGGCUCUGGUCCCAGACAGGGAAGCAGAGACUGAGGAGCGGGUGGCCGGGAUGGCGGCAUCUCUGUCGGAAGCUCAAACCCAGUUCAGAGAGGCCGAGGAGUGUCGGGAGAAAGCAUGGCAUCGUGUGGCUUCCCUUGAAAACAGGCUGAGGAGCCUUCAGGAAGCUCACCGUGACGCUCUUGAGCAGCACAAACAAGAGCGCACGGAGUGGCACUCGGAGAUGGAGCGCCUCGUGGACGAGGUCCAGGCCUUGGAACGAGAGCAGGAAGCCCUCCGGGCCGGCUCCCAAGCCUUGCAAGCGGUGGCCGCUCGGACCGAACUGGAAUCGGCGGAGACCAAGCAACGGCUUCAAGGCGAGCAGCUGAAAGGCGCUCAACUGGCCCAGAAGGUCCAGCAAGCAGGAGAAGACCUUCGCGAAGCUCAGCAAGAGCUGGAGACGGUGCAGCGCGUCCUGGAGCAGCACAGAGUCACUCUGGCCCAGCUAGAGGCUGAGAAGGCUCUUCUGGAGGACCUUCUGGGUCAAGCCGAGGCCCAACGGCGGCAACUGGAGAAGGACAACCGGCGCUUGAAGGCCCAGGUUGAAGCCCAGGAGAAGGCUCUAGAACAUCAAAAACUCCGUCUCGUCCGACUCGAGGCACAAUCCCGGCAGCAAGCAAUGGAGCUGAGAGGCCUACGAGAGACUGCUCGAGGUCACAGGGAACUAGAGGUAGAGGAUACUGGCUUGCGAGAGCAGUUGGAGGCCAAGCACGGAGCCUUUGCCAUCAUGGAGGAGAAUACCGUUCUCCAGGUGGAGAAAUCCACGCUGGUGGGGCGCUUAAGCCAACUGGAGUCACAGAUAAGCAACCUGCAAGGAUCGCUCUUAGGUCUGCAAGGCCAGAACUCCGAAGUUAAAGAAGAAAGUGGGAAGUGGCAGUCGGAGAACCAUGCGCUGAAGGUGAGCAUUGGCCUCGUAGCCCCUGCCCAUGUUUUUGAAAAACAUGGGCAGGGGCCAUACACACAUACCGCUCCCCCCAAACCCCGCCAGGUAGAGGCGGCCUCCCUGCAUUUCCAGAAAGCCUCCCUGGAAUCUCAGCUCUCGGACCUGCAGCAGAGGCAGUCCGCCCUGGAGGCCGAAGCCCAGAGGGCCCAGCGUGAGCGAGAGGAGUGGCGGGGACGCUACGAGGCUCUCCUGCGCAACCACGACCGCCUGACCGUGCUACACGAGCGGCAGGGAGCCGACUUGGAGGAGCUGCUGGGGAAACACGGGAAACUGAAGGGGAGCCUGCGCCGCCUGGAACAGGAAUCCCGGGAACUGCAAGACAGGCAUAACCAGCUAUUAGGGCAGAAGGUGAAUCUCGAACAUCGAGAAGAGGUGUUGUUGGGACAAAAGGUGCAACUGGAGGAGGCGGCGCGACACCAGCGAGAACUGGAGGAGCAGCACAACCACCUGAAAGAGGAGCAUGAGCGGGCGAAACAGGCGCUGGCACAGAAGGAACAGGGAUGGGAUGAGCUCCAGGAGGAGCUUCGAGGGAUGCGGAACAGAGUGGCCGGCCUGCAGCUGGAUCAGGCCAGGCUCGAGGCCGAAAGUGCCACCCUGAAGGAGCAGAACCAGCAGCUGGACGUGGCCCUGGGGCGCCUGAGUACCCAAUGCGAGCUCCUGGCCCAAUUGAAAGGGAACCAAGAGGAGGAGAACCGGCACCUUCUCCAGGAGAUCCAAGCCCUGAGCAGGGAGAACCGGCGCCUGCUGGAGCGCAGCAUGGAGAGCAAGGAGCACUUCCAGGAGGAGCAGCGCCAGUACCUGGACAAACUGGGCGAAUUGCGUCGGGAAAAACAGAAACUGGUGGAGAAGAUCAUGGACCAGUACCGGGUGCUGGAGCCGGCACUUCCUCGCGGCAAGAAAAGUAAUUGGAUCGCAGAGAAAAUAAGGAAGCUGAUGAAGCCUCGCCGGGAAGCUCCCCGCGAUCAAUUGCGCCCCAUGGCGGAGGGAGCCGGCAGUAAUGAAAGCCUGGCAGGACAAGAAGGGCCAGAGGCCGACAGAAGAGUUUCCAGUACUCCCAGUUCACCAGCCUCUUUGCACAAAGCCAGCAGCACCCUCAGCCUUGUGGACGCCCAACAAGUGCACUUCCGCCGCCGGCGCCUGAGCUCCCGGCUGCCAGUUGUGGGUUCUGCCGCGGACGGAGAAAGCACGGACUCGCCCCGCCAGCGCUUUCGCCAGCACCGUCUCGGCAUGUUGGGGGGUUCCCGUGAAGAGGGUGUCCUGGCUGCGACCGAGUGGGAAGCCCCGAGCGAGGCAUUGACAUCCAGUACAGACGAGAGGUGAGAACUACGUGGGAUCGAAGGUCCAAUAUUCCCCCUACCCGAACUUCUCACAGAGAAGCCUCGAGUUGGAAGAGACCCCCAAGGACCAUCCAGUCCAACCCCCUUCUGCCAUGCAGGAACAUACCAUCAAAGCCCUCCCGAGAGAUGGCCAUCCAGCCUCUGCUUCAAAACCUCCAGAGAAGGAGGCUCCACCAAGUUCCAAUAGCCAUUUACAGCAGGGGUCCUCAAACUUUUUAAUCCGAGGGCCGGUCCACAAUCCUUCAGACUGUUGAGGGGCCGGAUUAUCAUUUGAAAAAAAAAAAAACAAAUUCCGAUGCACACUGCACACGUCUUAUUUGUAGUGUAAAAAAAACAACAACAAGAACAAUGAAAGAACAAUACAAUAUUUAAAAAUAAAAACAAUUUUAACCCAA